AUGCGUCCCAAUUGUUGGCAUUACUGCUGCCAAGUUGAGAGACAUCAUGAAAAAGAUACUUUGAUGUGCAAAGGAUUGACAUUUACGUAUUCCCAAUCUCAGCAAGUCAAGGUUUUUCUCAACCAGAAACAAGAUGGUUUGAACUGUUUAAUAGCCGAUAUCGAAAAGUUGUCAGCGUUGGCGCAACAUGUUUCUUGCUCCAACAAUUAG